UACAGCUGCGUUUUUGUGGAAGGGCGAUCUGGUUGGCCACUCUUCAAUCAAGUGACACAUUUAGUGCACAGUGAAGUGAAAUUGCUUUUAAUUACAAAUCUAAGCGAUAAAAUUGCGACAAUAUUAAAGAACCAAACCAUGGACAUUGACACCAUCGAUUCUAAAAUCCGGUACCAACCUAGAGUUUGUAGGUUAUGUUUAGCCCUAACAACAACAUAUUUUUCGUUAGUGGAAGACACCCGAACGGCUGGAAUGCUGGAAGCUCUCACGUCGCUAAGAAUUUUACCUUCUGAUGACAUUUCUACAGUGACGUGCCUCAAGUGCCUCUUAAACCUCAAACUCGCCUUCAGCAUCCAACAAAACAUGCUUAAAGCGGAACAGCGAUUCCGGCAACACUUUUUCUCGGUUCCGAUUAAGCAAGAGCGCGAUCUCGAAAACGUGGAACCGGAAGAACAUAAGUUUGACAUGGAUGUAACCCACUUGAUGAAAGUGGAUCAAGACAGCCCGCCGGAAGAGUACAUUUGUGAUUUCUGCGGGAAAAAGUGGUCUUCGAGGAGCGAUUUGAGCAGACACAAAAAGAACGUGCAUAUGCAAGUGACUUGUCCCAUUUGUGCGAAAACUAUUAAAAAAGGAAACAUUAAGGCGCACAUGGAUAACAAGCAUGCCACGACUGGAGAAAUCCACGCUUGCGACAUCUGCGGGAUCGAAAAAUCAUCAAAAGUCGCGUUAUACAAACACAAACACUGGGUGCACAAACUCAAAAAAUGUCACAUUUGUAACGAGGAAUUUACUUCAAUUUUGUUAAAAAAGCACCUGGCGACUCAUAGCCCGCCGCGGGAGCCACCAAUGAAAGUGGAGUUGCAAGACCCCGAGAUCACGCUUCAAAGAGAGCGCCACAUUUGCGACCUUUGUGGCGUAGAAAAGUCAACAAAGGCCACUCUAACCAGACACAGACACAGUGUUCACAAACUAAGCAAGUGUAAUAUAUGCGAGAAAGUAGUCAAGUCGGAAUCGUUGCGAAAACACCUAAAAACCCACGACACUCUUCCAAUUAAAACAAUCAAAGUGGAAAACGUGGACUGCGACGACGCUCUCAACAUGAAUCCGGAAGACGAAUUCAGUUGCGAAAUCUGCGGCAAAACUAAAACCUCGCUUAAGGCUUUAAAUAGACACAAAUCUAGUGUCCACGUGGAGGGCGAAUGCCCUAUUUGUAAGAAAAAAAUGGCUCAAGUGAACCUGAAGCCCCACAUCGAGCGCCACAGCAAACUCUUCGCCGUGUGUGAGCUCUGUGGCGUUUCUGUGGUUAAGCAGGACUUGCGCAGACACAUGUUCAAUGUACACACAGUCCGGAAAUUGAAGUGCGCCUUCUGUGAUAAAAUUUUCAGAAAACAUUAUAGCAGAACUUUGCACGAACGGCGGGAACAUUUAAAUGAAGGCAACUACACUUGUGACAGGUGUGGGAAGAGGUUUUAUAAUCCGCGUCGUUUGAGAAAACACAUUGAAGGUAUACAUUUGAAGCUGAGGCCCCACGUCUGCGAGUUUUGCAGUGUGGGUUUCUCGAGUAAGUUCGCUCUGCAGACGCAUAAAAGGCAACAUACGAAUGAGAGACCGUAUAAGUGUGAUUUCUGUGGGGAGGGGUUCAGGCAGAAGGUGUCGCUAAAGUCGCACUUGAAGUCGCAACAUGACGUGGAAGAAGAGUUGAAUUUCGUGUGCGACGUUUGCGGAAAGAGCUUUGCGUCGACGAUAGCGCUGAAAACGCAUCAGAGAAUCCAUUAAUAGAACGAAUUACGACGUAUAUUAAGUAUAUAUAAUUAUUCUGAAUAAGGCUUGAUGUUUGUAUUAUGCAACCAACAAUACGCGCAACGUUUAGUAUACUGAGCAAGGUUAGGCAACCAGAAAAACGCGUCUUUAAGAUUUGAAAUUGUCUACAGCCUGUUACCAGUUUUGAUAAGAGAUUUAUACGUAAAUAUUUAUUCAAUGUAGAAACUUAAGUACUGAGUAUAGGUGUAAGUUUAGUUUCUAAAGAGGAAAUUAUGCAAUCAACGCUACAGGUGAAUGUUACUUCGUUGAGUUGGUAUUAGAGCUUUUGAGGUUAUGUAUCGCUCAACAACAUUGUUGCAUUUGAAGAAGCAUUUAAUCGUGUAAAUAACGCAAUCAUUUUAUUAGACUAAGCCCCAAAUGAACCUUAAUAAAAUGGAGGAAAGUGGUUCGAGUUAUACCCCCCGA